GGUUAAUAGCUUAUUGCUCUUGCUUUAAAUUUUGAGAGAACUUGAUCCAUCAUCUUCAUCAUGCUGCUGCUUCUUCAUGUGCUGAUGCUGUCGCUUCUCUCCGGUGGUUCAGCCAAAGUUGUGAAGGAUUUUGAGAAAGAAUGUGGUCAAUUUUUUGCAAAUGGAAAAUCACCAACACGAUUUCCUGAUCCACAAUACAGGCAGAUCUGCCAAACUCUAAAUGAUGAGGUUUAUUAUGCCACAUUCUAUAACACUAGCAACAGGAUCCCCGUGUACUCAGCCUACAAGUUUGAAGGGAUAAAGAACUGCACAAGAAUAGUCAAGUGGUACAUUGAACCUCAACUUGACGACAAUAAUGCAUCACCAAACAUGAAACUAGAGAAAGAUGUAAAAAUACAAGGACUUGGAGACCAUCAAGCUAUCAAUGAAGACUAUAAGAAUUCUAAAUAUGAAAGAGGUCAUCUGGAGCCAGUCUUCCAGGCACAGUCACAGGGCUGUGCUGAUGCCACCUUCACUCUCACCAAUGCUGCUCCACAAAACUCCUCUUUUAACCGAGGUCAGUGGAGGGUACUAGAAAGAAACAUUGCAAAAAAUCUGUCCAAUCAAUGUCCACCGAAUAUGUAUUCUUUUUACAUUGUGACAGGGGUGGUACCAGGUACUAAAAUCAUAAACAAUAGAGUUAAAGUGCCUAGUCAUUUCUGGACUGCAUACUGCUGCUUAGACAACAAUAAGAAACCUCAUUUCUCAGGAGGAUUUAUUGGAGUGAAUGAGAACUUUCCUCCUGAAGAAAAGACUGUGAAGGAUUUAGAGACAGAGUUGGCAAAGCUUUAUAAAGUUGAAUCUUUUGAAGUGUUCAAUUACUCUACAGAACCCCCAGCAAAGAAACGAAAAUGA